AGAGCGAAAGCCUGAGGACCCGGUCGGGGCCGGGUUCCGGGUCCGGGAGCGGCAGCCAUGAGGCGGGACGUGCGCAUCCUGUUACUGGGCGAGGCCCAGGUGGGGAAGACGUCGCUGAUCCUGUCCCUGGUGGGCGAGGAGUUCCCCGAGGAGGUCCCUCCCCGCGCGGAGGAGAUCACGAUCCCCGCGGACGUCACCCCGGAGAAGGUGCCCACUCACAUCGUGGACUACUCAGAAGCCGAGCAGACGGAUGAGGAGCUGCGGGAGGAGAUCCACAAGGCAAACGUGGUGUGCGUGGUGUACGACGUUUCUGAGGAGGCCACCAUUGAGAAGAUUCGAACUAAGUGGAUUCCACUGGUGAAUGGGGGGACCACGCGGGGGCCCAGGGUGCCCAUCAUCCUAGUGGGCAACAAGUCAGAUCUGCGGGCAGGGAGCUCCAUGGAGGCCGUGCUCCCCAUCAUGAGCCAGUUUCCUGAGAUUGAGACCUGCGUGGAGUGUUCAGCCAAGAACCUGAGGAACAUCUCAGAGCUGUUCUACUAUGCCCAGAAGGCUGUCCUGCACCCCACAGCCCCCCUCUAUGACCCUGAGACCAAGCAGGUGUGCCCCUGCCCCACCCUCGGUGCCCAGCCCCCUCGAUCCUCCGCUGCUGUUAGUGACCAGAACAGGCCGUCUCCGGGUAACUGGCUGACUCCCAGCAACGUUCUCUCGGAGGCAGAAAUCCUGCUUCGGGCACCCCCUGGCCCCGCAGGCCCUGGAGGACGUGAAGACGGUGGUGUGCAGGAACGUAGCGGGCGGCGUGUGGGAGGACCGGCUGACCCUGGAUGGUGAGGCCGGGUGCCCACCUGCGCCUGGGGAGUGUGGGGAGGGUGCUGUGCCUGGUGCUCCCCCUGCUCUGUCUCGGUGCAGGUUUCCUCUUCCUGAACACGCUCUUCAUCCAGCGUGGCCGGCACGAGACCACAUGGACCAUCCUGCGGAGCUUCGGCUACAGCGACACACUGGAGCUGACAGCCGACUAUCUCUUCCCUCCGCUCCACGUGCCCCCCGGCUGCAGCACUGAGCUCAACCACCUUGGCUACCAGUUUGUGCAGAGGGUGUUUGAGAAGCACGACCAGGACCGCGACGGCGCCCUCUCGCCCACGGAGCUGCAGAGCCUCUUCAGUGUGUUCCCAGCAGCCCCCUGGGGCCCUGAGCUCCCGCGCACAGUCCGCACAGAGGCCGGCCGGCUGCCGCUGCACGGAUACCUCUGCCAGUGGACCCUGGUGACCUACCUGGACGUCCGGAGCUGCCUCGGACACCUGGGCUACCUGGGUUACCCCACCCUCUGUGAUCAGGACUCGCAGACUCGUGCCAUCACAGUCACCCGUGAGAAGAGGCUGGACCAGGAGAAGGGACAGACGCUGCGGAGUGUUCUCCUCUGCAAGGUGGUGGGGGCCCGUGGAGUGGGCAAGUCUGCCUUCCUGCAGGCCUUCCUCGGCCACAGCCUGGGGCACCAGGACACGAGGGAGCAGCCUCCCGGCUACACCAUCGACACGGUGCAGGUCAACGGACAGGAGAAGUACUUGAUCCUGUGUGAGGUGGGCACAGAUGAUCUGGCCACAUCGCUGGACGCCGCCUGUGAUGUUGCCUGCUUGAUGUUUGAUGGCAGUGACCCAAAGUCCUUUGCACAUUGUGCCAGCGUCUACAAGCACCAUUACAUGGACGGGCAGACCCCCUGCCUCUUCGUCUCCUCCAAGGCUGACCUGCCCGAAGGUGGUGUGCUGGUUGGCCCAUCGCCAGCCGAGUUUUGCCGCAAGCACCGGCUACCAGCUCCCGUGCCAUUCUCCUGUGCUGGCCCAGCUGAGCCCAGCACUGCCAUCUUCACCCAGCUUGCCACCAUGGCCACCUUCCCACAUUUGGUCCAUGCAGAGCUGCGUCCCUCUUCCUUCUGGCUCCGGGGCCUGCUGGGGGUUCUCGGGGCCGCCAUGGCCGCAGUCCUCAGCUUCUCGCUCUACAGGGUCCUGGUGAAGAGCCAGUGAGGCCCCUGGUACCUAAGUCCCCUCCCCUGAUGGUGUGGCCCACUGCUGGGGCUCUGCAGGGGCCUCACAGUUGGGGUGCAGGCCGGGCUGCCACUCUGGGAAUGCCCUUCUGCCCGGACUUUUUGUUUCUGAAGGCAGUCGGUCUGCAGCAGGGCCUCAGGCUGCCAUGCACUGUCCUGGCUCCUGCCAGACCCCCAGGGUGGGCCGUGGCAGGUGGCUGAGCAGGAGCUCCCGAGUGCUGGCCACCGCUGUCAGGGGUUGCCCACCUCUGGGCAUCAUGUGUGUUGGGCUGGGGAGCACAGGUGUGGGAGCCGGUGACCCCAGACCUGGAAUUCUCAGGGCUCUAACCCCCUUUCCUGGUCCUGGGUGGCCAGUGGGUGUGAGGAGGGCUGGAAGGCGGAGCUUUGGGCCAAAAGCAGGCAUUGGGGGGUUCCCCCAUCAAGUUUGGAGCUAUUUCUGUGAUUGCAGCAGGGACUGGAGGUUGGGUUCCUGAUUAAACUUCACUGUGUCUUUUCCAUCUGGGA